AAGGGAGGAAUGAGCUCGUCAUUUCACAACUUUACAAGCUCCCGAGAGGCACGAUAGGAGGAACUGAAAAACCUAUCUGCAGGCUCCACGAAUUGAUGAAAUGCAUAUCCUUUUGACAGAGUAGUGCUCCAGCUUUGGGUCUCUGACUGUGAUUGGUGAUUGUGAGAUCGGAGGAUCAUUAGAUUAACGAGAUGAAGAAGGGAAGAGUGAAAUGGGAUGAAGCUAAUUUGGGGUACAUUGAGGCGCAUAAACCUGUGAGGCAGAAAAUAACCGAACCAAAGACACCAUAUCAUCCCAUGAUUGAUGAUGACAAUGAUGAUGGAUCACUAUCACCUGCUAGAGGAGGAAGCUUUGAUAAUGGUUUCGAUGAUGGAGUGAAUGCAGAUGAUAUCCGUUCAGCACUGAAUGAUGUGGCAUCCUCUAGCAAACCCAAGUCUGGCUGGACGUCAUCUGAAGACGAGGCAGAUGCCAUGGAAGAAGAUGAAGAAGGCGGAGAUGCCGAGAGGCGGAGGAGCUUCAGGGAGCACAGGAAAGCGCACUACGACGAGUUCCACAAAGUGAAAGAACUUCUCCGCACCGGUUCUUAUCUCGAGGAAGAGUCGGACGAGGAUGCCGCCGGAAACAUCCGGAAGAAAGUUGGAGUUCCGAUCGAACCAUCCCCAACAUCAAUAGCCGCAGGCGUCAAAGACAUCGAGAUCGACGACGAAACCUCACUCCAGCCCAGCAUCAAAGACAUCGACAUCGAUGAUGAAACCUCACAGCCUCCGAACAAGUCUUAGUACCCGAAUUCCAGGACAUUCCGUCGCGCCAUCCAGGUCAGCUCGACUACACUCUUUUCUUGUUGCUUGUGUAUCGCUUCUUUAACUUGUAUAUAUAUAUAUAUAUAUCCGUAACAAAUAUAUUUUCGAUGCUUUUCGUUCCCCGUUGCGGACAUGCUCGUCGAACUAUGCCGAAAACUUUCCUGUUUUGCCUGCUUGCUGCUCAAUAAACUACCUUAAAACUUCUUGGAUUUUACUAUUUAUGGCUUGUAACUUUA